GACAGCUAGUUUCGCAGUGCAGAGUGGGAUAGUGGGGUUUAGCGUCGAACGCAGCCGACCGAAAGAAAUGGACGUGUUCCUGAUGAUCCGGCGUCACAAGACGACCAUUUUCACAGAUGCCAAGGAAUCUACUACUGUCUAUGAACUCAAGCGCAUUGUGGAGGGCAUUUUGAAGCGGGUGCCGGAGGAUCAGAGACUGUAUAAGGAUGACAUGCUGCUGGAGGACAGUAAGACCCUCGGAGACUGUGGCUUCACAAACCAGACAGCCAGACCCCAGGCUCCCGCCACCGUAGGAUUAGCUUUCCGUAUCAGUGAUGAUGCAUUUGAGCCUCUGAGGGUGGAGCCCUUCUCCAGCCCUCCUGAGCUUCCUGAUGUGAUGAAACCCCAGGACUCGGGCAGCACCGCCAACGAACAGGCCGUUCAAUGAAGGAGGCCGGGAUGGAAGUGAUGGGCGGGGUUCAGAUCUGCAGAACAUCUGAAGUGCUGAGUGUUGUGGUUGAAGACGGUGGUGUGUACAGAGGGGGAAAUACAUUACUGAGUCUUUUCUUUUUUUUCUUUUUAAUUUGCUGAAAGUAUGAAUUGUAUUCCCUGUGAACCCAUCACUUGCUAUCAGGCACUAGCAUCUCUCUCUCACAUAAUGUUGUCCCAAACCCCUACCUGCAGCCCAUUUCUACUUAUGCACAUAUUGUCCUAGCCCAACACCACCCCGUCAGUGUCCCAGGCACAGUCGGGUCUGCUCACGAGUCACACAUUUCUGUUCAAAUUGCUCAUUAGGCAAAAGGCUGCUGUCAGUCAUCCAGAGAAGGCAGAGAAAGACAAAGUAAAUAAGAUUAUACCUCUUAUUUAAUUCAUAAAUAUGUGUUAUUUUGGCAGCGUUUAGCUUUAUUUACAUGUUUUGUGUGAGUGUGUGUUUUGGCUUGACUGGGCAUUCUGGGACGGGAUUGACUGCGUCAUUUUUACAAUGCUGUCAAGCCGGUUGCAUUUACAGUACGUUUUGUGUGUCAAUGAAUAUUAAUAUUAUUGUUACUUUUCUCAUGAUUUAGGAUUGUUAUGAUUUUAGAAAAGUGUUUUGGGGUGAAAAAGCAGGAUAUUGAAAGUUUUCUUUUUAUGCUACUUGCUUAACUAGUGUGUAUGUGCAUGAAACGGCUUGGGUAUGAAAGUGGACAUAAUUGCAGAGUUUGAGAGGUCAUGUGUGCAGUGUAACACAUCCAUACAGAUGUUUGUCACUUAACUUUAACAGAUGAUCGUUUCAGUGUACAGACUUUUUUUCCACUUGCAUUGGCGCUUCUCAAAAGAUUGUUUUUAACUUUUCUUUACACCUCUGGCCUGGAGACCUUCGGGUUACUGUUUCAUUUUGAAUCAUAGUGGGGAAGUUGAAAUACUGAUCUGACAUUUUGUCAGUUCCCUUCUGUUGUAUGUUCAAAGCCAAAAAAGGAGGUGUAUGUGGACGUUCUGUUAAGUUUUAGGGGUUUUGUUUGUUUUGUUUUAGUUGUUUUUUUUUUUUGUUUUUUUUUGAGUGUUCUCAAUGGGAUUUAAGAAAAACAAAACAAUAAUGGAGCAUCUCUCUUACUCUGUGUAAAUUUGUUAACCACUGAAUGUUGAGUUCUGACACAGACGCUGACAUAAUGAUCAGCUCAAACAAAACUUUUCCCGUUUGAUUUUGGGAUGUUGCCCUGUUCUGUUCUCUAGUGAUUGGAAUGGUCAAAAAAAAAAAAAAAG